AAAAAUUGACCCCACACCACGGUGGCUGACAGCAUCCCAUUCACCCUUCAAUUCAUCCCCUCCUCAUCUUAGCAUCCUCCCUUUCACAGAAAAGAUUUCAGAGUGGGUCCCAAUGCCUUCGCGACAGUGACAUAAAUGCCAUUAACGUGGAACCCCCCCGGAGUAUUUUUGAACUAGUAAUAAGUGAGUGGUAACCCUAUCCGGCCAUCCUCACUCCUCACUCUCUCCCAAGUAGCAACCAAAAUCUCCGGUGGGUCCCAUUUUCCACAGCUUAUAAGAACUCCCUAUUCUUUCUGAGCUCACAGAAGAUAACACAAACGCAUACACACACACGCUUGAGCUUAAAAGCGCUAGCCAUUUCCUUCUCUCACAAAUCACAGGUAUUAUUUCUCGUUCUCUAGUCUAGUCUCCCUUCAGAAAACUGAGAGACCAACAACAACAAUAACUCUGUCAGCUCUCGGACGUUUCCGCCGACGAUAACAACUGCUCCUCACGCAACCUUCAUCGUUACGGCUACCAUGGUCGACGUCGACCGCAGAAUGACCGGUUUCAACCCGGCCCAUGUAGCCGGCUUACGCCGUCUCUCUGCCCGAGCUGCCGCUGCUCCCUCCGUCACCGCAACUCUCCCCCCACGAAAUGGUCUCAUUUCUUUUUCUUCCCUCGCCGAUAAGGUCAUCUCUCACCUUCGCAACUCCAGUAUUCCUGUUCAAGAAGGCCUCUCUGACGCUGAGUUUGCUAGGGCGGAGGCCGAGUUCGGUUUCGCCUUCCCUCCCGACCUCCGUGCCGUUCUCUCCGCUGGCCUUCCAGUCGGGCCUGGUUUCCCUGACUGGCGUGCCGGUGCUGGCUCCCGACUGCACCUCCGCGCUUCGCUCGACCUACCCAUCGCUGCGAUUUCCUUCCAGAUUGCACGUAACGCUCUCUGGCCCAAAUCUUGGGGCCCACGGCCAUCCGACCCGGAAAAGGCGCUACGUAUCGCUCGAAAUGCUCUAAAGAGGGCACCCCUUUUGAUCCCUCUCUUCAACCACUGCUACAUCCCCUGCAAUCCCUGCCUGGCUGGAAACCCUAUUUUCUUCGUGGACGAGAAUCGCAUCUUUUGUUGUGGAGCGGAUCUCUCUGAUUUCUUCGAACGUGAGUCAGUGUUCCGAUGCGAUGACUCUUGUAUCCUUAAGAAGCAGCGAUCCGUUAGUGAGAAGACUGCCGCCGGAUCGUCUUCUAAUUUCUCAAGGAGAAGCUUAGAUUCCGGUGGCAGCGGGGGGAGGACACCCAGAUGGGUGGAAUUCUGGAGUGACGCGGUUCUUGAUCGGCGACGUAGAAAUUCUUCAUCGUUGUCGUCUCCGUCAUCACCGGAGCGGUAUAUCGAGAUCUCCCGACCAAUAUUACGGACGAAAUUGCCGAGAUGGGUAGAAGGGUACUUGGAGCGGAUCGGAUCGGUUUUGAGAGAAGGCGGGUGGGACGAGUUGGACGUCGAGGAAAUCGUACAGGUAUCGGCAUCCGGUUUUUUCGAAGGAGAUGUACUGCUAGACGGCCAAGCAGUUCUAGACGCUCUACUCUUGAAGGCAGACCGGUUCUCCGAGUCGCUCAGAAAAGCGGGUUGGAGUUCGGAGGAGAUAACAGACGCACUGGGUUUCGAUUUUCGGCCAGAAAAGGAAAGGAAACCAAUGAAGAAAUUAUCACCGGAGGUCGUUGAGAAGAUCGGGAAACUGGCCGAGUCGGUCGCGGUCAUGAAUAGCGGUUCCCGAUAAACCGGAAACAUAUUGGGAAACGGGGAACUGCCAUCGAGAUUCUUUUAUUUUUCAUAUUUCAAAGCCUCGUGUUUGCUUUGCCCGUUCUGGUAAAAUGAAGGAAAAAAAACGGGAAACGCGUUGUAGUACUAAGAAGAAAAGCAUAAUUUUAAUUUUUUAAAAAAUAUAUGUUAUAUGUAAAACAGUUAAAGUAAAUAUGAAUUGUAUUUGUUUCUUAAAUACAUAAAA